AUGUCUUUUUUGCAACAGCUUCAAGAAGCUGGUGAAAGAUUCAAAUGUCUCAAUGGUGUUUUAUGGGUUGUUUUUGGGCUUGGUGUCUUGAAAUGUACAACCUUAUCGUUAAGAUUUUUAGCUCUUAUUUUCGACCUUUUCGUCCUACCAGCAGUCAGUUUUGACAAAUACGGUGCUAAAACCGGUAAAUACUGUGUUGUUACUGGCGCUAGUGAUGGUAUCGGUAAAGAAUUUGCUAGGCAAAUGGCCAAACGCGGGUUCAAUUUGGUAUUGAUCUCAAGAACGCAAUCGAAAUUGGAGGCUUUACAAAAAGAAUUGGAAGACAAAUAUCAAGUUGUAGUGAAGAUUCUGGCCAUUGAUAUUGCAGAAGAUAGUGUAUCUAACUACGAAUCCAUCAAGGAGUUGUGCGCUCGCUUGCCAAUUACUGUUUUAGUUAACAACGUGGGCCAAUCGCACUCCGUUCCUGUUCCAUUUUUGGAAACAGAUGAAAAGGAACUCAGAGACAUUAUUACCAUCAACAACACCGCUACAUUAUUGAUCACACAAAUCAUUGUGCCAAGAAUUCUAGAAACUGUGAAAGCUGAAGGUAAAAAGUCAGGCAAUCGCGGUUUAAUCUUAACCAUGGGUUCGUUCGGUGGUUUAAUUCCAACCCCGCUUUUAGCUACAUACAGUGGCUCCAAGUCAUUCUUGCAGAGCUGGUCUAACUCUUUGGCCGGUGAGCUAUCCAAUGAUGGGAUAGAUGUUCAACUGAUCAUUUCAUAUUUGGUUACUAGCUCCAUGUCUAAAAUUAGAAGAUCUUCCUUAAUGAUUCCAAACCCACAACAAUUUGUCAAAUCUACUUUGAAAAGUGUUGGAAGGCGCUGCGGUUCGCAGGACAGAUACGCUACCAUGACACCAUACUGGGCUCACGCAGUAUACCAAUUUGUAGUUACAGAACUGUUUGGCGUUUACUCGAAGAUUGUUAAUACCAUUAAUUAUUCGUUUCAUAAAUCCAUUAGGAUCAGAGCCUUGAAAAAGGCGGCUAGACAAGCUAAGAAAGAAUAA